AUGCUGCGAACACGAGCCGUCGGAAUCUUGUCCCGCUCGAUCCACACCUCUCGGGUGUGUGCGAAAAACGUCAAGCUCGAAAACCCGUGGUUCAAGGGCGAGGGACCCAUGGAGCGAACCAAGCGAAAGCUCGAAAACACGGCUGCUCGUCCUGGAGGAGCUCUGGCCGAAUACGAUCUCUACGGCGAUCUUGAGACGGCCCACAACAACGUGGAGGCCGUGCUUUCCAACGGCUUUGUGUUCAAGGACGACAAGGUGCUCAAGAGCAAGUCUCCCAGCGGAAAGAAGCCCGUUGGAGCCAUUCUGAUGGGCCUUUCUGAGGUGCUGGCCUGGAACCUUACUCCCGAGUGCGUCAAGGGUCUCGAUACCGGUCUGGUUGAAAUCGAUCCUGCUGCACUGGGUGUCUUUGAGGUUGUCUACCCUCGUCCUGAGCUGCUCAUCUUCGGCCUGGGAAAGAAGUCGCGAGUGCUGUCGCCCAAGACCCGAAACUAUCUCAACUCUCUGGGAAUCUCCGUCGAGAUCUCUGACAGUGCCAACGGAGCCAAGAACUUUGAUCUUCUGGCCACCGAGCGUCCCGGUCUUGUUGCUGCUGCUCUCUUUCCUCCUGACCUGUGA